AGAGAUGGAAAAUCCUGAGACAGGUAUAAGUAGCUGCACUUCUCAUGAAGAGGAAAAUCGCUGCACCUUUAACCAGCAAACAUCUCCAUCUGAGAAGCUUCUGUUAGAAGACCAGAUGAGGCGAAAACUCAAAUUCUUUUUCAUGAAUCCUUGUGAGAAGUUCUGGGCUCGAGGUAGAAAGCCAUGGAAACUUGCCAUACAAAUUCUAAAAAUUGCAAUGGUGACUAUCCAGCUGGUCCUUUUUGGACUAAGUAACCAGAUGGUGGUAGCUUUUAAAGAAGAGAACACUAUAGCAUUCAAACACCUCUUCCUAAAAGGCUAUAUGGACCGAAUGGAUGACACGUAUGCAGUGUACACACAAAAUGAUGUGUAUGAUCAGAUCGUCUUUGCAAUGAACCGGUACUUGGAGCUGCACAACAUUUCAGUUGGGAAUCACGCUUAUGAAAACAAGGGGACCAAGCAGUCUGCUAUGGCAAUCUGUCAGCAUUUCUACAAGCAAGGAAGCAUCUGUCCUGGAAAUGACACUUUUGACAUUGAUCCCGAAAUUGAAACAGAAUGUUUCUUUGUAGAACCGGGUGAGGCUUUUCAUAUUGGAACAUCAGAAGAAAAUAAACUCAACUUCACGCUGGACUUCCACAGACUGGUGACAGUGGAGCUUCAGUUUAAACUGAAAGCCAUUAACCUGCAGACAGUUCGUCAUCAGGAGCUCCCUGACUGCUAUGAUUUUACUCUGACUAUAACAUUUGACAACAAAGCUCAUAGUGGAAGAAUUAAGAUAAGUUUAGAUAAUGACAUUUCCAUCCGGGAAUGUAAAGACUGGCAUGUAUCUGGAUCAAUUCAGAAGAACACUCAUUACAUGAUGAUCUUUGAUGCUGCUGUCAUUCUGACUUGCUUGUCUUCGUUACUCCUCUGCUUCAGGUCUGUGGUUAGAGGACUUCAGCUUCAACAGGAAUUUGUCAAUUUUUUCCUCUUCCAUUAUAAGAAGGAAGUUUCUGUUUCUGAUCAAAUGGAAUUUGUCAAUGGAUGGUACAUUAUGAUUAUCAUUAGUGACAUACUGACAAUCAUUGGAUCAAUUCUGAAAAUGGAAAUCCAAGCUAAGAGUCUAACAAGUUAUGAUGUCUGUAGCAUAUUUCUUGGGACUUCUACCUUGCUCGUGUGGCUUGGAGUCAUCCGGUACCUCGGUUUCUUCCAGAAGUACAAUCUCCUUAUUCUGACCCUUCAGGCAGCGUUGCCCAAUGUCAUCAGGUUUUGCUGCUGUGCAGCUAUGAUUUAUUUAGGCUAUUGCUUCUGUGGAUGGAUUGUGCUGGGCCCUUACCAUGACAAGUUCCGUUCUCUGAACAGGGUCUCUGAGUGCCUUUUCUCCCUGAUAAAUGGAGAUGAUAUGUUUGCCACAUUUGCAAAAAUGCAGGAAAAAAGUUACUUGGUCUGGAUGUUUAGUAGAAUUUACCUCUACUCGUUCAUCAGCCUCUUUAUAUACAUGAUUUUAAGCCUUUUUAUUGCGCUGAUCACAGAUACAUAUGAAACGAUUAAGCACUACCAGCAGCAUGGAUUCCCAGAGACUGAACUUCAUACCUUUAUAUCAGAAUGCAAGGACUUACCCAAUUCUGGAAAAUACAGAUUAGAAGAGGAAUCUCCAGUAUCUUUGUUCUGCUGUUGUAAAAAGUAGCUAUUAGGUUUAUCUGUGUUCUAGAGGAAAAUAUAAUAUGUAGCUGAAUUAAGAGACUAUUUGAAUAUUUUGAGAUCAGGUGCAGUAUGUUCAAAUACUAUUAUUUAAAGCUAAUUAUAGCUAUAGCUCACCAAGAACUUUUUGUAUUUUAAAAAUAAUACUUAAUGUCCUUGCUGUUUUAUACUGGGUUUACUUUUAAAGAGUAAUUUUGAUGAGGGAAGCUAUU